UUGCGUCUGCGCCUGCGCCUGGCAUCAGCCUUGUGGUUCCGCCAGCAGUAGUAGUGAACUGAAGCUUCUUUGACCACCAUCAUCGCAACUUCUCCCAGCAACGCCCUCUUUUCGAAGUCGUGACAAGCUGCUCUGACUCAAACUCAAGUGGCUCUCUCGUCAUCUCUUUGAAUUGACCAAGAACCCUUGAUACACCUGUGGAAGUCCCAUCAGUCCACACUUCCACAACACCGCCAUCAUGGUGCUCGAAGCCACUAUGAUUGUUGUUGACAACAGCGAAGCCAGCAGGAAUGGCGACUAUCUACCCAACCGAUUCUCAGCACAAACCGAAGCCGUCUCACUCAUUUUCAACGCAAAGACAUCCUCAAAUCCCGAAUCCGCCGUCGGUAUCAUGUCCAUGGCUGGAACAGGCCCCAAGGUCCUCACAACCCCGACCAACAACUUCGGCGCCAUCCUGGCAGGCCUACAUGAAACCAAGAUCAAGGGCCACAUAAGGUUAGGCACGGCUAUUAGUGUGGCGAUGCUGGCCCUCCAUCACAGAGCAAACAAAUCUCAACGCCAACGGAUCGUUGUCUUGAUAUGUAGCGAGCUGGAUUCGAAAUUCGGGGACAAGAACGACACAGAGAAAGAACUGAUCAAGUUGGCAAAGAAAUGCAAGAAGAACAACGUCUCGGUCGACUUUGUGGCCUUUGGCGAUGCUAUUGAAUCGAGUACGAAAUCAAUACUGGAGAAAUUUGUGGAAGCCGUGGGUGGCUCGUCGGGAGAAGGAAAUUACCUCGCCGUCAUCCCUCCUGGGCCGGGUUUGCUUAGCGACAGCCUCAUCACCACGCCUAUAGUCAGUAUGGGUGGGGACACGGGAGCCGGAGCUGGUGGCAUGGAAGGCAUCGAGACUGGUGGCGGAGCUGGUCGAUUCGAUGAAUUCGGCAUUGAUGCAUCGGCAGAUCCAGAACUUGCCAUGGCCCUGCGGAUGAGUAUGGAAGAAGAGCAGCAUCGUUUGGACAGGGAGAGAAGAGCACGCGAGGAGGAAGAGAGACGGAAUGCGGAUAGGAUGGAGACCAUCACCGAAGAAGGGCAGGGUCAGCAGCAGGCGGCAAACGGAGAAAGCCAGGACGGCACGGCGUCAAAGCAGCCACGGGUAGAGGAUGAUAAGCAGGAGUGAUGAUGGGUGGCUUGUAUUUGUAUCAAAGGGAGAGGGAAUAAACCAAGCAAAAUCUGCGGUCUGCUUGACCGAUCGAAGAAGAUUCCACUGAGCGUAGCAUGCUAUCUGGAGAGAGGUGUCUCACUUUCUCCAGUAUCCUGUCAAUUUCAGAAGAGAUUUCUUCACAAUUCUUGGUAUCCUCUGUUGGCCCAACAUUGCUCCAAACC